AUGCCAGGCCAGGCAGCGGCGGACACAGCUCAACCUGGGAUCGCGAAUCCAUCACCCGCUACUGCUAGCUUCUGUGUGCAUGUGCGGCAGGCAGCCGACCAGAGUGAGCCUGCUGGCCCCGUCGCCACGAUGCAAGCCGAGCUGGUCACGCGCAGGACCCAGUUCUCGAGCUGCGAUGAGUGCCGCCGGUCCCGCGUCGCCUGCGAUGCGUCGUCCCGCGGCCAGCCUGAGGACUCGGAGGAGCCCGUGUCGUGUACGCGGUGCCUGAAGCGGCAGAAGCCGUGUACGUUCAAGAGUGAUUCCGAAUGGCUGUCCGUGAUCUACCAGACGGGUUAUGAGACCGUCUUUGGCUCGUGGAUGGGGAGAUACGGCAAUCCUUUCUCUUGUCUCUAUCUCCAUGUCAAAACCACCUUGGGAAUAGUGGGUGCUAAUCUGACCAGAACGGACAAUGCGUUCGCUGACAAGCAUGUGAGCAUAUCAUACCUCUGCAGGCAGCUUGAUAAAUGGAUGGCAGAUGACUCUGGGGCUGGUAACACAUCUGCGAGGGACGACGCUCAAGAGCGAUUGAUCGACGAGUCUUUGCGUAGUACUACUGCAGCCUUCUCUUCUCGCUGGCUUCCUCUAGCAACAGGUGCUUCCUCGGAUGAUCCCGAAACCAGCGCUCUGAUGCAGAACCUGUGGCGAUAUGCUCGCCGGGAUAUGCUGAGGGUCAUUAAUCGUCCUUGCUAUCGUUCCAUGCUUAGCUUGUUCCUCUUUGCCCUGACCCCCAUCCCAGUAGGCAUCUCUGAAGAGGAAGAAGUUGAUGGCAUCUCCGGCCAGGCUUGUGUUCACGCAGCGCUCCAGCAUAUUCAGGUCCUGAGAGCGCGUCAGAGGAACCUCCAUUUCAGCGGCUCCAAGGUCUCCCCGUAUCUCAAGAAACACAUCAUCCCGACCAGUCCGGGAUCCAUUGACACCUUCAACUUUAUCCAUGCCGAGAGCACCGCAUACUGGGCUGCUCUCACCUUCGACACCUCGGCGUCCCUGACGCUCAACUGCAGAUCGCUGUUAUCGUCCGGGCUGUUUGGUUACGAGGAAGAGCUCUGCUGGCGUCUGAUCCGCAGCAAGGCCAAGAUGUUUGAUGACGCGGCACAAGGGUGGUCGACAAACAGCCUGGACAUGACUGACGAGAGAGCCAACCAGAUUGUGGCCGUGGGAUCUGGCUGGAAGCUUCUGGCCUGGAAGCUCACCGCUGUCUUCAAGGAAGCUCUCCGGGAUGGGCAUGACGAGUCGAGGGUCCUCAAAGCGUAUAAUGCCGUUGUAGACGCGAUCAAGCAAUUUGACCUGAUCUUCCGUCCUCACCUAGACGCCUGUCAACGACGGAUGCAGUUUUUAGGGCAACAGGCCAAGCUGCAUUCACUCAUGUUACAUUAUCACUUGAGCAUCUUGAUGCUCGUGGACAUCAUCGAGGCGACGGAGCGCUUCGAUUUGCUGCGCGGCGUUCGGGACGCUGCAGCCGACGCAGAGAACACCGUCAUGAACACACUCGUGUUCGGCCUUCACAAUACGUACACGGUGACCCUCGAUCCCGGCGUGGUCUCACCAACGAGCGAAAGAGAUGGGGGCCAGCGGAAAAACUCGUCCAUCACAGUACCGCUUACAUCCAUAGAUCCGUAUCCACACCACAUCGUUGCCGGCGUCCAGCUGGUCCGGAAAGCGGUCGAGCGAGAUUACGGCGAGGGCAAGAUCGCGAACGAGUCUUACGAGAAUCUGCAGGCCAUGCUGGAGCAGACCCUGAGCCUCCUGCCCCAGAGCUCCAAGUCAGUGCGGGCGGCGAGGACGAAACUCGCGACGCCCUCAGAAUCAGGCGCCUCAGAGCCGCGGCAGGAUCCAUAUGGCUCUAUGCAAGGGCAGUACGCGGAAUAA